UUGCUGGAUUACAUCUUUGUUGUGUGGUCUCCUGUCAUAUCUGAGACUGACCUGCUAUUCAUGAAGAAGAGCCUAGAGUGUUUCCAUCGGUACAAGAGUGCCUUCAUUCAAAAUGGUUCUUGGGAACAGGGGCAUAUGAAUAUCCCUAAAUUACAUGCCCUUCCACAUUUUAUAGAUGAUACACAUCGCAAAGGCACCCCCAACAACUUCUCAAUGGAAACUCCAGAGACUCAGCAUAUUAAAAUGUGCAAGGAACCGUAUCGCAUGUCUAACAAGCGUGACUAUGGGCAACAAAUAGUCAACUUUCUCAAGGUUCAAGAGAAGGUGGCUCUCCAAACACUAUAUACAGAAUGGAAAUUAUUCCAGAAGCCAGGAGUACAGACAUCUCCUCGCUAA